GACACUUAUGUUUGGUUGCAUAAUAAAAAAACAGAAGUAACUCCACAUACUGGGCAUAUAGCCUACACUACGGAAUCUCAAAUAUUGAACAUUCAUAAAUGCCCAAUCUGAAGUCAUAUGAAUAGGAAUAUAUAUUCUAAUAACUUAAUAUAAUACAUAAUAACAAUCUGAGUCAGUCAGGAAAAGUCUUGAAAUGGGCCUAAGUCCUCUGAGACUCUAAGAAUAGGUUAUUCUGCCCACCGUGGGACCCAGCGGGCUUGCACACAUGUUCCCAUGACCCUCUAACCACACUCUCUCUCCCUCGCUCACUCUCACGUCACUGGCCGGUUAAAGUAAACGCGCCUCGCCUCGCGCUCGCGAUACACGCGUCUGCUAAGGACGGAGAUUGAUGGAUUAGCGCGUCCCCAUCAUCAUGGGAAUUAGAGUAGAGUCGCGUAUUUGAAACGGACCGUGAACCAUGUGUCUCCGGUGGAGGAGAAGCUACUGAGGAGAAUGUCUGAGAUAAAUGCUCCCACAGAAAAAGUCUCUAUAACAGCCCCAGAGUUGGAGACUCCGCCUUUAAGGCCAGAUACAGGGCCUGUGAUUGGUGGACUGCAUUUGCGAUCUGCACCAGGGGCUUGUUUGUUGUUUGCGGGUGUUUUGCUGAUAGUAGGAAUCGGCGUCGCUGUGGGGGGGUAUUGGAACAAUCAACCCCGCCGACAAACGCCACAUCAUGUUUCAACUGGACGCACCUCUUCAGAGAAACUGAAGCUGAUUGGUCCUGUCAUCAUGGGGGUGGGGCUUUUUAUCUUUAUUUGUGCCAACACAAUUCUCUAUGAAAAUCGUGACCGAGAACAACGUCAUAAGCGAGACCAACAUAAAGACAACCAGGAGAUCCUACCACUGGUACAAACUCAAAGGAACAAUCAUUCAAAACGGUUCUCACAAACAGAAACGAACACCAACACGCAUACAUUGGACUUGUCUGAACUCAACAUCCAUUGCUUAGAGGAAGGGGCCGGAAUCCCCACCCUAAAGUGUUCUUCGCCAUCCUCUGGCUCAUGUAGCUCCAGUCAAGUGAACUUGGAAACCGGAUCACCCCUCCGAGAUCGCAGAAACAUGGAAAGAUUGGCCUUGCCUGUCAUUAAAGUCAAUGACUGUCUGCUUGGCUCCUCAGACCCAGUGCCUCCACCUCUCCCUGAUCGGACAUACCGGAACAAGAUGGGAGUGGAAAAUAUAGCAAAUGUGGAGCUAACACAAGUGAAUCUUGCAGAUUCAUCUCUAAUGAUAUUGAACAAAGAAGAGCCAAAGGAUCGGUAGACUUUACCGCCUGCAGUCCACACUAAGGUCCACAUAGUGAAUAUAUUGAAUAUAUUCAAGCCAAAAGAUGUUAGGGUUGAGUAUAGAACAGAUUUCUCUAUUUGAUUCGAUUCUGAUUCAUUUGGGUGUAUUUCCGUUAUAAUGUCCAAUUUGCUUACAGUUCUUUCUUUGCUAAUGCUGUGAUUAUAUAGUGUUUCAGAUGGAUUCAAGCUAAUCUUUUUGAACCCACUUAUUUGCAUGAAUCAGCUUCACUGGUCACGCUGUAUGUUUUUGAUUCACCAAAAAGAACUGACUCAUAAGAGUCAUUUGUUCGUGAAUGGCCACGUAUAUCUGUUUAUACAAGGAGUCAUUUUAUGUUGUCAUAUUG